UAUUUUUAAAGCAAUUUCGUGUAAUCGACUUUUCACACUCGAGCGUUUACAUGGUUAAUAAAUAAAAAAAUAAAAAGAGUAAAUUAGAACUCAGUGGUAGAACAAAUACACUUUGCAACGAUGGAUAAGAUAUUCUCCGAUGAUACUCAUUAUAGAUUUUUGAAAAUAAAUAUUACAAUGUUGAGAUACAGCGGUAUUUGGUCGUUUUUGCCGACAGAGAAAAUCGGCUGGAAAAUAUUUAAUUUCAUUUACAGAAUUUUUAAUCUCGUGGUUUUUAUUUUUUAUCUGAUAACAGUGGGGGCUGAUGCUGUUGAUAAUAUCACUGAUUUGGCAAUAGUUGGCUACGACGGUUGUUUUUUUUUCGGACCCUGUGCGUUUAUUUAUAAAUCCUAUAAAUAUUCGGUUUCACAGGAUAAAAUAUUGAAACUCGCUGAUGAAAUUUACAAACCGAUAGAUGAACUUUUACAAUCAUCAGAUCUUGGAGUAGUGACAACUAUAAAAUAUGAAUUAUUUAUAGAAACUCUUCUACUUUCUGGUGUCUUUUCUAAUUUUGUAUUUAUGUCAUUUGCCAUAGUAUUUCUAAUACCACGUGAAACAGGUGUAUUACCUAUACGAGCAAUUUAUCCAUUUGAUACAACAUCAUCACCAAAUUACGAGCUAGCAAUAUUAUUUCAAUUUUACUGCGUAUGUUACUGUAUGAUGAUGAUGCUGGUUUUUGAUUCUUCAGCUAUCGGGUUAAUGAGAUGGUUAACAAUCCAAGUAAUGAUAUUAACAACAAACUACAAGAGUUGUAAUAAUGAAUUAAUAAAACGUGCUAAGAUGGUUUCGCCGUCUGAGUCGAUUAAGACUUAUAAAAAUAUAAUUGCCAGCAAAGUUACCGAUGAAGAAUUGGAAAUAUCUAAUUUUAUACCUUUUCGAGUAACCGAAAGUCAAGAGAUUAAUGAUGAUUUCAAUUGGCGAUUCAUAACGUGCAUCAAAAACCAUCAGAGAAUUUCAAAAGUAGUUAAUAAUUUUAAUUCAACAUACAGUUCAAUUUUCUUGGCGCAAUUCGCAGUUAGUGCGACUAUCAUUUGUUUGAAUGGUUUUGUCUUGAUAUUAAACACGAGUAAUGCUGCAAAUUUAGUAAGAUUUGGUAUAUAUUUUUCGUUAUGUUUUGGUCAAUUGUUUGUUUGGUGUUGGUAUGGAAAUCAACUUACUUCUACGGCGGAGACUAUGACUUACAACCAGUGGAUGUCUGGGUGGGAGUGUGCAUAUGGAAAAUUGAAAAGUAAUGAGCUACGUAAUUUAGUGACUAUUGCAAUGAUGCCAGCAAUGAAGCCAUUUGCAUUUAAUGCUGUUGGUCUAUUUGCUUUGUCCAUGCCGACGUUACUUGCGGUUGUCAAAAGCUCAUAUUCUAUGUUGAUACUUUUAACAACAGUUACGGAAGAUUAAUCAUUCAAGUCAGAGCGAAAGUGUUCAACCCGUACGAAAAAAGUAUAUAUCCGUAUAUAUUCGAGCAAAUCUGAAUAUAUGCCGUAUAUAUGAGACAUAUAUUCAAUUUUGUCUGUAUAUAUCCCGGUUAUAUACCUUUUCUCGUACGGAAACCAUAUACGAAACCGAAAACCUUAAUUUUAAUGUCUAUC